UAAUAACAAUAAUAAUAAUAAUAAAAUGGUUCAUCACAGAGUUACUAUCAUUGGUUCUGGUCCUGCUGCUCAUACCGCUGCCAUCUAUUUAGCUAGAGCUGAAAUUAAACCAACCUUAUAUGAAGGUCUUUUAGCCAAUGGUAUUGCUGCCGGUGGUCAAUUAACCACUACUACUGAAAUUGAAAAUUUCCCAGGUUUCCCCCUCGGUAUUAAUGGUUCUACUUUAAUGGAUCAAAUGAGAGAACAAUCAAUUAGAUUCGGUACUGAUAUCAUUACUGAAACUGUGGCUAAAGUUGAUUUUUCUUCAAGACCAUUUAAAUUUUGGACUGAAUGGAAUGAAGAUUCAGAACCAAACACUACUGAUGCUAUCAUUGUCGCUACUGGUGCUUCUGCCAAAAGAAUGCAUAUUCCAGGUGAAGAAACUUAUUGGCAACAAGGUAUUUCUGCUUGUGCUGUUUGUGAUGGUGCUGUUCCAAUCUUUAGAAAUAAACCAUUAGCUGUGGUAGGUGGAGGUGAUUCUGCUUGUGAAGAAGCUUUAUUCUUAACUAAAUAUGGUUCUAAAGUUUAUCUUUUAGUUAGAAGAGAUCAAUUAAGAGCUUCAACCAUUAUGCAAAGAAGAGUUCAAAAUAAUGAAAAAUUAGAAAUCCUUUGGAAUUCUGAAGCUAAAGAAGCUAAAGGUAAUGGUAAAUUAUUAGAAUCAUUAUCAGUUUAUAAUAAUAAAACUAAAGAAACUACUGAUUUACCUGUUAAUGGUUUAUUCUAUGCUAUUGGUCAUACUCCAGCUACUAAAGUUUUUGGUAAUCAAUUAGAAACUGAUGAAGAUGGUUAUAUUAUUACUACUCCAGGUACUGCCAAUACUUCAAUCGAAGGGGUUUAUGCUGCUGGUGAUGUCCAAGAUAAGAAAUAUAGACAAGCUAUUACUUCAGCUGGGUCAGGUUGUAUGGCUGCUUUAGAUUGUGAAAAAUUCUUAUCUGAUCAAGAAUAAAUUUUAAGUUAAUUUUACAUACAUACAUACAUACAUAUAUACAUAACUAGAUUUUUAUCUUUUUUUUCCUUUCUCCUUAUAUAGCUUAUUAUUUGUC